AAUGCAGCACAGGCCCCAAAAAUCCCCCACAGCGCUCCCUACCCAAAAGCCCAUCGCCCUCAAAACAAACUUCUUCCAGCUCCAAAUAAAGAACCACUCAAAGAACCAAAUCCUUUACAAGUACACUCUAACAUUCAGCCCUGAAAUCCCUGAAGACUCUAAACGUACCAAAGCCAGAGUCUACAGAAGCAUCCACGAAGACCUCCAGAAGUCCAUCGGAGAGAACCUGUACAUAGGUAAUUGUCUAUAUGCCUUGGCCCAGAAGGAUGACCCUGUGGAUUAUGUGGGCAGGGAUCAUGAUACUGAGUACCAGUGAACUGUUAAGUUGAGUUCUUGUAUUAGUGAGAAGGAUCCUGAGAGAUAUCAGGUGGUGAAGAUUAUUUUUAAUGGGUUGUUGAAGAAGUUGAGGCUUGAGCAGAUUGGGAGGAAUCAUUUUAUGAUGGAAUUGAUGAAGAAGGUUAUGAAACAUAAUGUGUUUGUAGUCCCAGGGUAUAGUUCAGGGAUUAAGAGUACGACUAGUGGGAUCUUGAUCAAUGUGGAUGUGUCUCAUAGAGUGCUGAGACAUGAUACGGUGUGGGAUUAUUUGAGAAAGACGAAAACAGAUAGAGCGCAGAUCACUUCAGAGUUGGUUGGAACUACUGUCAUGACGAUUUAUAAUCGGAAGACAUACAGAGUGACAGGAAUUGACUUUUGUUCCAGUCCGAUGAGCACCUUUGAAGAUAAAAAUGGGAAUAAGAUCAAAUUAGCUGAUUAUUAUGAAGAGAAAUAUAAGAAAGUCAUAAAGAACAAGGAACAACCUUUGCUGAUCCAUGAAAAUCCAAAGAAUAGGCAGAAAAUACAGCUUAUUCCUGAAUUUUGAGCAAUGACUGGCAUUAGUGAUGAUAUGAGAAAAGACUUCAGGUUCAUGAAAGAUUUGGCUACAAUGACCAACAAAAAGCCUGCAGAUCGCUUUAAUGGGUGAGCUCAAUUAUUUCAAACAAUUAUUACUCAUGAGAAAUGAAAGGGACAGCUUUCAAAUUGGAACAUGACUCUUAACAAGGAAGGUGUUGAUGUCCAAGGCAAGCUUUAUGAUUCUGGAAAACUUUUAAUGGGCUACAAUAAGCGAAUUGAUCCAAAUUCACCAAAUAUUGAUAAAGAAAUUCAAGCAAAAAUGCUCCUCCAACCAAAGCUCAGAAAAUGGGCUAUUUUCUAUAUGCAGAAAGAGGAGAAAAUACGAUGUGUUUUUAAAGAUACCUUUAAGAAAAGCAUGGAAUCAUUCGGCUAUCCGGUUGAUUGUCCAGCCUAUUUUCCUGUGAAAACUCAACAUUUUGAAGAUUGGAAGUUUUUAUUAGAUCAAAAGCUAAAGAAUGGUGCUGAUCUGAUUAUUUUACUGUUACCAGGAAGUAAGAAGAAUAGCCCUCUGUAUCAUGACCUCAAAGAAUUGAUGUUGAACAAAAUUCCUAUUCCCUCCCAAGUUGUUCUCACAAGUACAAUAUCCAAAGGCAAGAACUUGAGAUCUAUUUGCAAUAAAAUCCUUAUUCAAAUUUGUGCGAAAGUUGGAGGUGUUCCUUGGACUAUCUCAGAGCUUCCUACUGUUCAAAACGGAACAAUGAUAUGAGGACUAGCAGUACAAGAAGUCAAGAAUAAAAACAUGUCUGGAGUGAUUGGCUUUAUUAGCUCAAAAGAUAAACUAUGAACUAAGUAUUAUUCCAGUUCAAAGGUAUUAGGUGGCAAAAGAUCAAGAGAGAAUGCGGAGAAUAUUUCAAAUAUCUUGAAAGAAAUGAUGGGAACUGCUUUAGAACAGUAUAAAAAGAAAAGUGGCGAAUAUCCUCAAAAUAUUAUCAUGUACCGAGAAGGAGCCUCAGAGUCAAGAAGAAAGGAAAUAGAACUCUUUGAAGUCUCUGCUAUCAUUAAACUAAUAGAAGAAAAAGGGAUCAAUACAAAACUAGCAUACAUGCUAGUAUGAAAAAGAAUCAACGUAAAACUAUUCCGAAAAUCACAUAGUGAUUUACAAAACUGCCAUCCUGGAACAGUUGUCAACACCGGCAUCACAGAAGACGACAAAGAAUUCUUCCUCAUCAGCCAACGGACUCUCCAAGGAACCUCCGUACCAACCCACUACCUAAACUGCUUCAACAACACAAAUAUCUCCCCAUCCGAAAUCCACGCUCUAACCUACAAACUAUGCUUCACCUACUUCAACGUAAGCGGGUCCAUCAGAGUCCCUUCCCUCGUCCAAUACGCCACUAAAUUCUCCGACCUAAUGAUGAACGUCAGUAAGCCCACCAAGUACAGAAAUUCCUUCCAACAGACCGCUCUCCACACAAGACUCCAAGAAAUCUCUUCUCUAUAUUUCAUCUAA